AUGACUCCUGCUGUCUUCCUGAUCAUCCUGUGCUUGGGAGUUGUGUCAGGUGCUUCAGCAUUGGAUCUCAGUUUGGAUGUCCAAUGGCAAGAAUGGAAGAUGAAAUAUGAAAAAUUAUACAAUCCGGAGGAAGAACUCCUGAAGAGAGUAAUAUGGGAAGAAAAUGUGAAAAAGAUUGAACUGCAUAACAGGGAGAAUUCCUUGGGGAAGAAUACCUAUAUUAUGGAAAUAAAUGAUUUUGCUGACCUGACUGAUGAAGAAUUCAAGGACAUGAUAACUGGUAUUAUAUUGCCAAUUAACAACACAAUGAUAAGUCUCUGGAAACGUGAACUUGGUAGUCCUUUUCCUAAUUCUUGGUAUUGGCGAGAUGCUUUGCCCAAAUCCAUUGAUUGGAGAAAGGAAGGCUAUGUGACUCGUGUGAGGAGACAGGGACGGUGUAAUUCUUGUUGGGCUUUUCCUGUGGUUGGUGCCAUAGAAGGACAAAUGUUCAAGAAAACAGGCAAGCUGACCCCACUGAGUGUCCAGAAUCUAGUGGACUGUUCUAAACCUCAAGGCAAUAAAGGCUGUCGUGGAGGUACUACAUACAAUGCAUUCCAGUACGUUUUGCAAAAUGGAGGUUUGGAGUCUGAGGCAACCUAUCCAUAUGAAGGAAAAGAAGGACUAUGCAGGUACAAUCCUAAUAAUUCAUCUGCUAAAAUCACAAGAUUUGUGGCCCUCCCAGAAGAUGAAGAUGUCCUAAUGGAUGCUUUAGCAACUAAAGGACCUGUUGCUGCUGGAAUUCAUGUUGUCUACAGUUCUUUAAGGUUCUACAAAAAAGGUAUAUAUCAUGAGCCAAAGUGCAACAAUUAUGUGAAUCAUGCAGUUCUCGUGGUUGGCUAUGGAUUUGAGGGAAAUGAAACAGAUGGCAAUAACUACUGGCUGAUCAAGAACAGCUGGGGUGAACGAUGGGGACUGAAUGGAUAUAUGAAGAUUGCCAAAGACAGGAACAACCACUGUGGAAUUGCCACAUUUGCCCAAUACCCUAUUGUGUGA